GCACUUCGAGUGCGGCCACUUAUUUGUCCUGCAACCGCAACUGCAAGAUCUUUCACCGGCACACGUGCGAUCAUGGCGACCAACUCUGCGCGAGGAAUCCCCAUCCCGGGCACCGAGGGCAUCCAGGAGAGCACCACCGUGCCUCCCAACGUCUCCAGCGAGGUCAAGCAGGAGGUUGCCGCCUCGACGCAGUCUGCUGCUCCCGGAGAGCAUGCCUCCGGUCAAGACGCCGGCGUCGUGCCAGCUCCCGAGGGGCCUCAGAAGGUGAAAUCUGAGAAGGAGUUGGAAAAGGAGCGCAAGAAGGCUGAAAAGGCCGCCAAGCUCGAGGCCAAGAAGGCAAAGGCUGCCGCCGCCGCCGCCGCCCCCGCCAAGGAAAAGAAGGCCAAGAAGGAGAAGGCCGAGGAGGAGCCGCUGCCGGCAUACGUCGAAGAUACCCCCGUUGGAGAGAAGAAGCGCAUCCGAUCGUUCGACGACCCCCACUUCAAGGCGUACAACCCCGUUGCCGUCGAGUCCGCUUGGUACAGCUGGUGGGAGAAGGAGGGCUUCUUCAAGCCCGAGUUCACCCCGGAGGGAAAUGUCAAGGAGGAGGGCAAAUUCGUCAUCGUCCACCCGCCUCCCAAUGUCACCGGCAGCCUGCACAUGGGACAUGCCCUCGGUGAUUCGCUUCAGGAUCUGAUGAUCCGCUGGAACAGGAUGCAGGGCAAGACUACCCUGUGGGUCCCUGGCUGUGAUCACGCCGGUAUCUCAACCCAGAGCGUUGUCGAGAACAUGCUGUGGAGACGGAAGCAGCAGACCAGACACGACCUCGGCCGAGAGAAGUUUGUCGAGACUGUCUGGGAGUGGAAGGAGGACUACCACAAGCGCAUCAACAAGGCUUUGACCAGCCUGGGAAGCUCGUUUGACUGGAGCCGAGAAGCGUUCACCAUGGACCCCAACUUGACAAAGGCCGUCAAUGAAACCUUCGUCCAGCUCCACGAGGAUGGCAUCAUCUACCGCGCCAACAGACUCGUCAACUGGUGCACGCAGCUCAACACUGCUCUUUCAAAUCUCGAGGUCAAGAACAAGGAGCUCACUGGAAGGACGCUGCUCGAUGUCCCCGGAUACGACAAGAAGGUCGAGUUUGGUGUCAUUGUUCACUUCAAGUACCCCAUUGAGGGCAGCGAUGAGACCGUCGAGGUUGCCACGACUCGUAUCGAAACCAUGCUGGGCGAUACCGGUAUCGCGGUUCACCCCAAAGACGCCAGAUAUACCCAUCUGGUCGGCAAGAAUGCUGUCCACCCGUUCAUCCCGGGCCGCAAGCUGCCCAUCAUUGCCGACGAGUAUGUCGACAUGGAAUUCGGAACUGGUGCUGUCAAGCUGACGCCCGCCCACGACCCCAACGAUUUCAACCUUGGUCAAAAGCACAACCUGGAGUUUAUCAACAUCCUCACUGACAAUGGGCUGAUGAACGAGAACGCCGGACCGUACCAGGGCCAGAAGCGUUUCGACGUCAGAUACGCCAUCCAGGAUGCUCUGAAGGAGAAGGGCCUGUAUGUGGACAAGAAGGACAACCCGAUGACGGUCCCACUGUGUGAGCGGUCCAAGGACAUCAUUGAGCCCAUCAUCAAGCCCCAGUGGUGGGUGAGGACGAAGGAGCUUGCUCAGGAGGCUCUUCGGGCUGUUCGGGAGGGCGAGAUCAAGAUCCGACCCGAGAGCGCAGAGAAGAGCUACUACCGCUGGCUUGAGGACAUCAACGACUGGUGCAUCAGCCGACAGCUGUGGUGGGGCCACAGAUGUCCUGCGUACUUUGCCAAGAUCGAGGGCGGCUCCGACGGCAUCCCUGAGGAGAAGCUCUGGUUUUCUGGGCGAAACAAGGAAGAGGCGGAGAAGAAGGCCCAGGCGGCGCUGCCUGGCAAGACCUUUACUCUUGAGCAGGACGAGGACGUUCUCGAUACCUGGUUCUCUUCUGGCCUGUGGCCGUUCAGCACAUUGGGCUGGCCCGAGAAGACGCCUGACUUUGAGAAGCUGUUCCCUACGAGCAUUCUCGAGACUGGCUGGGAUAUCCUCUUCUUCUGGAUUGCCAGAAUGAUCAUGCUCAGCCUGAAACUAACAGGACAGGUUCCCUUCAAGGAGGUGUACUGCCACAGUCUCGUCAGAGACUCCGAGGGCCGGAAAAUGAGCAAGAGUCUGGGCAACGUCAUCGACCCCCUGGAUGUCAUCUCCGGCAUCAAGCUGGAGGAUCUGCACGCAAAGCUCCUUCAAGGUAACCUGCACCCCAGCGAGGUCCAGAAGGCGACCAAGUACCAGAAGUCUGCCUUCCCCGAUGGCAUUCCUGAGUGCGGAGCUGACGCUCUCCGCUUCACCAUGAUCAAUGCCACAACUGGUGGUGGCGACAUUAACCUGGAGAUCAAGAUUAUCCACGGUUACCGAAAGUUCUGUAACAAGAUUUUCCAAGCAACCAAGUACGUUCUGGGAAGUCUGCCCAAGGACUUUGUUCCCUCAAAGACCGGGGCCGUGCCCGGCAAGACUCUGGCGGAGAGAUGGAUCCUUCACAAGAUGAACCAGGCGGCCAAGGAGAUCAACAUCGCCCUUGCUGACCGGGAGUUUUCAAAAUCCACCAUCAUCGUUUACCGAUACUGGUACAACGAGCUCUGCGACGUGUACAUUGAGAACUCCAAGGCCAUCAUCCGUGAUGGCACCGAGGAGGAGCGCAACUCGGCUAUCCAGACGCUGUACACUGCUCUGGAGGCCGCGCUCACCAUGAUUCACCCCUUCAUGCCGUUCAUCACCGAGGAGAUGUGGCAGAGAAUGCCUCGGAGACCCAGCGACGAGACCAAGUCCAUCAUGGUGGCCAAGUAUCCCACUUACAACCCUGUUCUCGACGAUCCCGAGUCCGAGCGGGCCUAUGAGCUUGUGCUCGACUGCAGCAAGGCUUCGCGAUCGCUCAUGGCCGAGUACGCCAUCAAGGAAGACGCCGAAAUCGUCAUCCAGGCGUACAAUGCCGAAUCCCUCAAGACCUGCCAGAACGAAGUCGCCUCCAUCAAGUCCCUCAGCGGCAAGAGCGUCAAGACCAUGCAAGUCGUCGGCCCCGACGCCCCCCGCCCCCUCGGCAGCGUCGCAUACCCCGUUUCCACCGCCGCCUCCGUCUUCCUGCACGUCAAGGGCCGCGUGGACAUGGACGCCGAGAUCGCCAAGGCGCAGAAGAAGCUCGAGAAGACGGGUGCCAACAUCCAGAAGCAGGAGAAGCUCCUUGCGGACCCCGGAUACAAGGAGAAGGUCUCGGCGGCCGUUCAGGAGGGUGACCUCAAGAGGCUGGCUGAUGCCAAGCAGGAGAAGCACAGCCUGGAGGAGACGAUUAAGCAGUUUGAGCAGCUCAAGUUGGAGUAA